AUGAAUAAAACUAAUAAAGAAGAACAAGUAGAAUUCUUAUCCGACGAAGAAGAAGUUAAUGAAAUAGCACAGAAUAUAAGUUCAAUUGACCUUGUUAACAAAUCCGUUCAAGAGCCCUUAUCUAAAAUUCCUGCCUCCAAACGUAUUUGUGUUGUUGAUGAAUAUGAAAGUCGAUCUGGUGAAAAACCUCUUAUUAAUAUUUGUUUUAUUGGACACGUCGAUUCUGGUAAAUCAACUUUGAUAGGCAAUCUUUCCGCUAAGUUAGGUCAAGUCAAUGAUCGUAUGAUGCGUAAAUUUGAACAUGAGUCACAAAAGAUAGGUAAAGGAUCAUUUGCUUUUGCAUGGAUCCUAGAUGAAACUGAGGAAGAGCGUAAUCGAGGCAUCACAAUGGAUAUUGCCCUCGCUCAUUUUGAGUCAGAACAUCGUCAGUUCACUUUAUUAGAUGCACCUGGUCAUCGUGAUUUUGUUCCCAACAUGAUUUCCGGUACUGCACAAUCAGAUGGUGCUGUUCUUGUUGUAGAUGCUUCAACAAAUAGCUUUGAAAGUGGAUUUGAGUUUGGUGGACAAACAAAGGAGCAUGCUAUGCUAGCAAGAUCUUUAGGUGUACAACAGAUCAUUGUCGCUGUCAACAAGCUGGAUAUGGUUGACUGGUCAGAAGCUCGAUUUAGAGAGAUUCAAAAUAAAUUGGGUGAUUAUCUUUGCCAACAUGUUGGAUUUAAGAAAUCAAACGUGAAGUUUGUACCUAUUUCAGGUUUGAUGGGUGUCAAUCUUAUAGAUCAUGAAAGACCUGAUAUGUUAAAAGCAUGGUAUGGGGAUUCUCAGCCUUCGUUAUUAGAGCAAAUGGAUCAAUUAACUGUACCUGCACGUCCCUUGGAUGGUCCUCUUAGAAUGCGUGUAACAGAUUUCUUUAAAGGAGGUAUUGGUAGUAGUGGUGGCGUUACAGUAGCAGGAAAUAUUGAAUCAGGUCAUGUUCAAGUGGGUGAACAAAUUAUGAUUGUUCCUAGUAAUGAACUUGGAUAUGUUAAAACUAUGCAAGUCAACGAUAAACCAGCUUCUUGGGCAGUUGCAGGUGAUUCAGUUUUAAUGACUCUGGUUAACUUGGAUAUUAUGAAUUUGAGUAAUGGUUGUAUGGUUUGUACAAGUGCAAACCCUGUUCCAGUAACAACAAAUUUUGAAGCACAAAUCGUUAUUUUUGAUAUUCGUAUCCCUAUUACACCUGGUUACCCUGUUGUACUUCAUCAUGGCAGUUUAGAUGAACCAGCAAUGAUUUCUAAACUCAUUGAAAUUCUUGAUAAAUCAACAGGUGAAGUCGUUAAAAAGAAUCCUCGUUGUUUGACAAAAGGAAUGACAGCCAAAGUUCAAAUCAAAUUGACACAUCGACCUAUUCCUUUGGAAACAUUCAAGGACAAUAAGCAGUUGGGUCGUGUUAUGUUACGUAAAAAUGGUGAAACUGUUGCUGCUGGCGUAGUAAACAAAGUAAGUUUCAUAUAA